GCGCGGCUUUGUUGCACGCUACCACCAACUUCAUCCACCUGAUGGGCCGUCAACUUACUGUCUUACCCAGCUCUUCUCCUGACUGCUGCCCAGCAUUUGCGUCUGUCUUCACUCCUAUUAUCUCUAUUAUUCACCUUUACUCUUACCGUUAGGCGCGGGGAUACUAUUCAGCAUAUAUUCGUCGCUACCAUACCUAAUCUGCGUCUCUCUCACCUUAUCGGAACAACUCUAUCAUUCUAUUUGCAUGUAAUUCGAGUUCAAUUUUCAACAGCGAGCUUCGCAAAAUGGAACAGCCUACACAAAGUGCUGGACAGCAGCAGGGCAGACAGCAGCCUGUAUAUGACACUAGAAAUGGGGGGCAUUACGGAGCCAGUGCAGCUCUAUCUGCGCAAGGGUUCGCACCUGUUGCUGAGCUUUAUACGGGCACUUGGGCAAAUGUGAAUCAAGGACUGCAAGGAACGGCUCGGGAUAUCUUAACAACAUACUGGCAGCACAUUAUCAACCACCUCGAGACAGAUAAUCAUGAUUACAAGAUACAUCAGUUACCGCUCGCCCGUAUUAAGAAGGUGAUGAAAGCCGACCCGGAGGUAAAGAUGAUCUCAGCCGAAGCGCCUAUCCUAUUUGCAAAGGGGUGCGACAUCUUUAUCACCGAGCUUACUAUGCGCGCAUGGAUCCAUGCUGAAGACAAUAAACGGCGCACACUACAAAGGUCGGACAUCGCAGCAGCUCUUUCGAAAUCAGAUAUGUUUGAUUUCCUCAUUGAUAUAGUACCUCGUGAGGAGGCUACAUCGCAUGCGAAGCGUUCAAGUCAGACUGCUGGGGCAGCUGCAAGCGCAUCGGGCGCUGCCGGCCCCGCAAAUCAAAUGCCAGCGGCCCAGCAUGGAGUUCAGCACACUUCACACCAUAUGCCCCCCCCAGACUAUGGCUCGCUAGGCCAGCACGGAUUACAAGAUCCGGAAUACCGACAGCCGACAAUGUAUGCCGGUGCUGUACAGUCGGACCCUACCGCGGCUUAUGGGGGACAUCAACCUCAAAUGUUCGACGGAAUGUGUUAGGGUGCUUGAGUCGAUUUCCUCGACCUUUUGAAUGUUAAAUGGAAUUGGAAGAGUUGAUACGCUUUGGAUAGUGGUAAGAAUUGGCGAAUUGAGAGCCU